AUGGAGUAUGAGCUGCAUAUCCGGGAAGUUCACAAGAAGCCGAAUAGCCACAACCUGGAAGGCGACUCCGAUGUUUGUAUUGAAGAGGGGACAUUUGCAACCUAUAAUUCUACUUGUAACGUUCAUUUCUCAUUUGAAUUAACAACAAUUCGAUCAUUUGAAAUGACGCCAUUUUGGUCCUCUCGCGCUGGCGUUCAUUUCGCAAGCAGUCUGAGAUGUGUUCAAAGGAGUCAGUUUCCUGUGGCAUUCAACCAGUUCUUUGCACUAAGCCCGACGAAACAUUACUCCUCGAAGAAUGUUGGUCUAUUGAACUGUCCUUUUGGUACUGCAUCUCGUCAGUAUCAUUCCAAGAUAGUCGUGCGCGUACCUCCGAUGGCCGAGUCAAUCACAGAAGGAACAUUGAACCGUCUCAACAAACGGAUUGGGGAAUUUAUUGAGCGAGACGAAGAACUAGCUACCAUUGAGACCGACAAGAUUGAUGUUUCGGUAAAUGCACCACAGUCAGGAGUUAUCAAAAAAUUGCUUGUGAGUGAAGGGGAUGUUGUUACAGUCGAUCAAGAGAUUGCGGAAAUUGAAGCUGGCGAACAAGCAGCCACUCAUGAAGAUCAUAGCCGCAGAUCAGUCCCAAAUACCGACGAGAAAACUUUAAAGAAGCAAGGACCUCAGACUACAGCACAACCGCCGGCUCAAGAGACCGAACAACCCAAGUACGAAGAGAGACAGAAACAACGACCCGCUCCUGGAUCAAGUGCACAAACGCCUGGACAGCCUCACAACUGGCGGUCUAGACACAGUCGUGCAGAAGAGAGGGUUAAAAUGACUCGAAUCCGACAACGUACCGCCCAGAGGCUAAAAGAGUCCCAAAAUACCACCGCCUUCUUAACAACAUUCAAUGAAGUCGAUAUGUCGCAGUUGAUAGAGUUCAGGAAAAGGAACAAGACCGAAGCUCUGCAAAGACAUGGUGUGAAAUUGGGAUACAUGGGCCCAAUGGCUCGCGCCUCCGCACUAGCACUCAGAGAGAUCCCUGCAAUCAACGCAUCCAUUGAAGGCGAGGAUACGAUCUUGUACCGUGACUAUGUGGAUUUGAGUAUUGCGGCAGCUAUUCCAAAGGGGCUGGUUACGCCUGUUCUGCGGAAUGUUGAGUCAAUGAGUAUUCUAGAGAUUGAGAAGGGAAUUGCGGAAUUGGUCAAGAAAGCCCGAGAUGGAAAGCUGACUAUAGACGAUAUGAUGGGUGGAAGCUUCACGAUCAGUAACAGUGGACUUUGGGGAUCAUUGUUUGGGACUCCUAUAAUCAAUGUUCCCCAGACAGCUGUUCUGGGUACAUAUGGUAUUCAGGAUCGACCUGUAGCUGUCGAUGGACAGGUUGAAAUAAAACCGAUGAUGUACAUUGCAUUAACUUACGAUCACCGACUUGUUGAUGGGAGAGAAGCGGUCACUUUUUUGACUUUGAUCAAAAGGUACUUAGAGGACCCUGAGACUAUGCUUCUUUCGUUGUAG